UAGGUUAGGAAUUAAGUAUUGUUUUUGUUAUGUUUCAAAUUUUCCAUUAAAAUUUAGUAUAUUAGCGAAACAAAAUAUUCAGAAAGUUUAUGCAAUAAUUUUAUUAAGCGAUGAAUAAUAGCUACAAAUAAACAUUUUUUAGAAAGUGUGUAAUUUUCAUGCGAAAUUUGUUUAUUGUUUCUCAAUGGAAAAUGCAAAUUACAUGUCACAAGCAAAUGCGUCAUUGUACAAUAAUAGAAUCUCAAGUACAUAUUCAGGAUAGUUUUAAUAAAUCGAGUGUUUUCAUGUAAUUUAGGUGAAAAAAAAAAAAAAACAUAUACAAGUAUGUUUUGAUGGGGAGAACUUUUUAAAUAGGUCAUAGAUCUUCAUGGAAGAGUCGUCAAGUACAAAGGUGUAAUAUGAUUAAAAUUGUGUCUUUGUUGUUAAUAUUCCAUGAAGAUUAUUUCUACAGUUGAAUAAAACUAGUUUAAAUUAGAUAUGGAUGAAUCUGGUGGAGAAAGUAGUGAUUUGGACCCUCGGAUACAAAUUGAGCUGGAAAAAUUAAAUACAACUACCGAUGAAAUAAACAAACUGGAAAUUGAUUAUGACGAAGCUAACACUACAUUUCGUAUGCUUCUAAAUGAAUCUACGAGAAGACUAAAAUUGCUCUCAAAAAAAUUAGGCAGCUGCAUCGAAAAAGCAAGACCCUAUUACGAAUUGUUAGAGGAAGCUAAAAAGGCGCAGCAGGAAUGUCAGGAGGCAGCUGCCUUGUACAAAAAGGCACAUGGUAUACAUGCGGCGGCUAAAGAAACAGUUGCUUUAGCGGAACAACGUUUUUUAACACAUCAGCAUGAGUGGCAGUUUGAUAACGCCUGGCAAGAAAUGCUUAAUCAUGCAACAAUGAAGGUAAUGGAAGCAGAAAAUCAAAAAGCCGAUAGCGAACGGGAACACCAAAAGCGGGCAAAGGUCUUUAAAGAAUUAGACGAGAAACUUAAACACCAUGAGGAAAAGCUGCAGAAGUUUAUAACCAAAUCCAGACCGUACUUUGAGGAAAAAACCGUCUGCCAGGACCAAUUAAAUACUCAAAAAAGUCGGAUAGAGUCCAUCAAAAAAGAUAUUAACAGGGCAAAGAGUUUCUACGCCCAAACCUUAAAGAACCUGGAACAAAUAUCGAACGAGAUCCACAUGAAAAGGCAGGGCCACAAGUGCGAGAACGACUUGUUAAACCGACCCAGAGAGCCGGGUGUUGGGGCCGAGCUCAACUUAACUUUUGAAGAGUUGUCCGCGAACGCUCUAUCGAACCGUUACGCCUCCCUUCCCGAGAUCAACGUGGAAUUAGAGAAAUUUAACGAUUACAGUAUGAAUUCGGUUAGCGCUUCUACAAGCGGCGCCGUCAGCGAGAAAGACGAACAUGAACAAUUAGACGAGGAGCUGCAAGACUCUGAAGAAAACGCAGCUUCGAGCACAAGGCCCGUCGAGGGGAAAAGGUGAAGACGUGUUCGUUUCGGAAUUCUAUUUGGGUGAAUUGACUCAGUAAUUCGGUGUUUGAGGGAGCUGAAGAAGUGGUAGCUAGUAGCGAGUUUGUAUUUUUUUCGGGGAAUAACUGGCUGUAUGAGAUGUGAAUCAUAUUUGUAGUAUUUAAUAAGCAAGAAUGAACAAAUACAUUUAGAUUACGUGGGAACUAGGGACUUCGAUUGGAAUAGAAUCGAGUAAAUUCUAUAGUUAUGAUAGGCCUAACUCGCCUAACUUUGUUAUCGACAAUAUAUCAACUAAAAAUCAUUCAGUCACGUAUGCACUUAUACGCAGGACGUCCGUUAAGUAUUUGCAAAUCUCAAAAGCGUUUGGAGGUCAAAAUAACACUGGGACUUUCUAUAAUUUUUUUUCCUGUUUCUCCGAAGGGACAUGUCGCAGUCCAAAGGGCAGCCCAGUAAUUUAGUUUCGAAUUCUAAUAAACCACCAUAUAAAAUAAAACAAUAUAUAAAAAGUAAAAUAUUGUUUUUAGAUACAAUAUGUUUUCUGUAAAUUUAUUAUUAUUAUUAUGUCGAUAAACAGUUUCCGAGGCAAAUCGGUUUGUAAAAAUGAAAAAAUGGGAUGGGAAUGGAAGAAUGAGUUCAUCUUGGUAAUUUUUGCGUCCUAAGGAAUGUGAUAUCCAAAUUAAUUUUCUCAGUUUCACACAUUUUCUUGCAACAUACGAGAAUUCUAAUUUUUCUCAACAAGUUUCAUUAAAACAGUUUUUCAAUAUCUCUUCCCGUUCAAAAAAUAUAAAAUGGUAUGCAGUAGAGAAAAACACUGGUUUGAUCAAGUCUGUUACUGAUUUUAUCGCAUUGCCACUGAAAACAAUAUAUUUUCAAUACAUACUU